AGUCCCUUCAUUACAUCUGGUUAUGUGUCAUUGGUUGGAAAUGACCAGAAGGUGCCAGUGCGCAUUCUGCGUGACACUGGAUCAUCUGAAUCGUUUGUUUUAAAAUCUCUUCUGCCUUUCUCACAAGUGUCUGACGCGGGGACAUGUGUCCUUAUCCGGGGUAUCGGAAUGUACACCAUUUCUGUUCCGUUGCAUCGGCUGGUUUUGGAGUCAGAACUUGUAAGCGGUGAAGUUGUUUUGGCUGUACGUCCGUCUCUACCUAUAGAGGGUGUAGAUGUGAUUUUGGGUAAUAACUUGGUAGGUGGGCGUGUGUGGCCUGAGAGCUUACCGCCUCCGAUAGUAAAUACAGCAUCUGAUUUGCCAGAGUCUGAUUUUCCUGAAGUGCUCACCCCCUGUGUGGUGACUGGUGCAAGUCAUACCCAGGGAGGGGAGCAGGAAUUGGAGUCUGUAAAAGACUGUGCUAGUUUAAAUUUGCCUCUGUUACUACCUACUCUUUCCUGUGAGGAGGUUGUGGCAGCACAUAAUGAAGUCUGUAGUCCUUUGUUUCUGUUAAAGGACUGGUUAGAGGAGGUUAAGGCCCAUGUGAGUGUACUGAACGGUACCUACUCUGUUGCUCGGCGGAUGUCUGACUACGACUACCUGUUAGACACUCCGGAUAGGAAACGAUCUAAGCAGUUGUGCCAUAUUAAUCUGCUAAAGCCUUACUAUCCCCAAAUCCCUAGUCCUAGUCAAGGGGGUGGGGAGGUGUUACCUGUUGCAGUGGCUGUCUUGGACACUGGGCCCUCUUGUCAAUCUUUGGUGGCAGCGGAGGUUGAGGAGAUUGGCCCUGAGGAUGCGGUGCUGCAGCCUAGGCUAAAUUAUUCUGCAGUGUUGGCUAGCUUGGAUACGUUAUUAGACCUUCUUCCAUCAGAUCAAGCUGAUGAGUUUAAGGCGUUGAUUUUGACUUUUCCUGUUCUGUUAGACACGCUGAGGUGCACGGAUCUCCUCAAACAUGGUGGUGAGGCCUUGCCGUUUCGCCAGCAUUUCAAUCGUGUGGGGCCAGAUAAAAAUAAGGUUUUGGAUGCUGAAGUACUUUUGGUUUGUCUGAUCACAAACCUCCUGGAAGGGGGGGUAAGAUUGGGUAGGGCUGUUAAAUGGAAACGUUUUUUUGUCAUUAAAUCACUCCUCAGCACUGCACCUGUGCCGGCAGCCCUGGCUGGACAGGCCAUUCCAACUUCAGAUGGGUGCUGGGGCAGUGCUGCAGCAGGCUGAUGGUAACAUCCAGUGACACCAGUAUUGUUUCACUCCUGGAUCAUUGAGUAAUGUUCUGUUUUUGUGUCCUCUGUUCCUCUUGUUCCCUUUUCUCCUGUUAUCGUUUCCUUAAAUAUGCUUUCCAAGGUACCUGGAUUGCCGGUGGAGCAGGAGUAGAGAGCAAAGGACCCCAUUGGUGUUUGGAGUAAUGGGUGGUGCUAUAUAACAACGAAGGAGGAAUGGACGCGUUCUCUCUGGCUCUCUGAUCUUGGCGCUGCUCUCUGCUCAUUCGCUUGGGCCUGCUCUCUGCGCUCCAUGGCUGCUCCUCUGGGGAGAGCCGCAACCCGUUGCCAGCUUUGCACAUAGACGUCGCGUUUUACACUCUUUGUUUGAUCACCCCUAGACACUUUGCAUUACGCUUUUCUUUAUCAUAUACUGACUUUACUCUUUUAAUGUUAUAAUAAAAUAUGUAAUAUUUAAACCUUUA